GGAAAUUAUUCUCUACGUCACAUCCAGCGGAUGUUGAGAAUUUUUAACAACAUCGAGCUAUCGCUGCGAUUGUAAGCUAGCGCCAGCUGCACCCACUGUAAAUCAUUUUAACAGCACAAAGUGAGGGGAAACAUGUCGGAUACGGAGACAAAACCGUCCAGCCAAGACGGGGGGGACAAGAAGGAUGGAGAGUACAUCAAAUUAAAAGUGAUUGGUCAGGACAGCAGCGAAAUCCACUUUAAGGUUAAAAUGACGACGCAUCUGAAGAAGCUGAAAGAGUCUUACAGCCAGCGACAGGGCGUUGCAGCCAGCACGCUACGGUUUCUGUUCGAGGGACAGAGAAUCGCAGACAACCAAACUCCGAAAGAGCUGGGGAUGGAGGACGAGGACGUCAUCGAGGUCUAUCAAGAACAGACGGGUGGACUUUGGAACGAUUAAGCCUCCUGAAUUUCUACAUUGUUUUUUUUUUUUUUUUUGUAUGUAUGUAUGUACGUGUUUUUUGUUCAGUUUCAAACCAUCUGGAUCAAAAGCGACUCGUAUCAGGGCUUCCGGGGCUGAGGUGACUACGAGGAGGACGACAGCAAGAUGCUCAUGUUGUCGACUCUCGUUAGCAUUCAGCGCGUGUGUGUGUGCGUGCGUGUGCGUGCUACACCCAGGCCUUUACACUUCAACGCAAAUAAUGCCACCGAGGAACAAGCUGCAUCAAAGGAACAGUUUGGCCAGAAAGGAAAAUGACGUCAUCUCAUCACGAUUACAAUAUCACAGCGAUAUUAUGCAACGACAGAAAGAGAUGAAUGAUUUCACUGCUCUGAAGCCCAACGUGUCACCGGGGACCAAAAAGCUUCAAGACGUCCUCGUUUGUCUUCUAGAGUCGAGCCGUCCUCUUUAAAUCGGUCGCGGCGCCUGGAGACGGACGUUUGAGGACGCUGAAGGAAAGCCGGAGUCUGCUGAGCCAACAGCUGUUUGGAUGCUCUGUUCCUUUCAAUGUUUGAUUUUCGGAAGCCUCUUUUUCCGUCACCCAGGACGUGGAUAAUCAAUGAACUCCUCUUCCUCCCCCCACGCAAAGAAUUUAAAGAGGAGGAAUUGAAGAAAGAUGAAAAUAAUUGGCCGAUGCGGUAAAAUUAGAGAUUUUAAUUGAUAGUUGUGCUUUAAAGUUCAUGUUGUGUUCAGCACUGUGUUUGAAUGAUGCUCUAUGGAUGUGCAGGGUGGUCCUUUACAUCUUAAGGGGUUCACUCUGUAACGAUACCUACAUAUAAACUCACCUUUUCCUUUAUCUACAAACAGUGACAUGUUGAACUGCUUGUUUUUAAGCUUUUGCUUUGGGUUUGGGGAGAAUCUUUGUCUCUCGGCAGGAAACUUCUUAAAGGGAACGUAGCUCAGGACGGGUUCAGAUCUCA